UGGUCGCAAAAUGUGCAGUGUGAUAUCGAAAGUGCCGACCAUGUUUAUGAUGUGCAUUUCUUGGUCUGGACUACUGGAUGUGAAAACGCAAUAUUUGGAAUUCUCAAUCUAGACAUAGGCCAAGACAUAUUUACAGUAGAGGUUAUUUAUAGAAACAGCUGUUAUUUUAUGCUGGAUUUCCGGAAAUCCUCGCUAUCAGAGGUAGCGUGUUCAGCAUAUAGAGUAUCGAUCGAGUUGGACCCGGUAAAAUCGUGGGUGAGUGGAGAUCAUGUCGGCGUUCUUCUCUUGUAUCGGGGGCAAAAAUCCACUGAAGAAAUCAAAAAAGAAAAAAGGAAAAGAGCCUGAAGACAGAAAGAGAAAGCCAGAACCAGUCCCGGAGAAAGAGGACGAUGAAGCGACCCCUGUUGUCGAGGAAAUCAAACCCGAGGAGGCUCUACCAGUUCAGAAGUCGCCACUCCAGGUAAACAUAGAAAAUGCCAAACUUCGGCAGGUUGAGAAAGCCCAGGAAAGCCAUUCGAAGGCGGAGGAACCUGUCAGUCCACUACUCAAGGAGCUCCAUGAGAAAUUCCAACAGAGGAAGGACAAAUCCAAGGUCGGUGCGGACGGCGACCAGAGUAACAUUUUACCGGAGGAGAGCCAGCGGGAGAGCAAGCCGGACAAUAUCGCUCCGGCGGGUGAGGUGGCUAAACAAAAUCUGCCAAAGAACUUCGCGAAGAAUGCCGUACCGGCCGUGUCGAGUCAGGACCAUGAACCGGAGCUUUGUCUGAUGAGGACACGUGUAACGCAGAUGGAGCGCGAGAAUGACCGUCUCAAGGCCACAAUAGAUGAACUCAAGGACGCAAAGAGCACAGAGGUUGAGGAAUCUGCCAAACUCAUGGGGAAAUUACGGGUCGAAGUGGAUACUCUGAAAAAGGAAAAAGACGAUCUAUUAGUUGAAGUGGAAACUCAGCGUGCAAGAGCAGAAAGUUAUAUUAAUGCUAAUGCUAGAAGUGACCAAGAGAAUGAUUUGGACAAUGCUAAAGGUAGAGAGGAAAUUCUGGAGGCUAUAGGUCAUUUAGACAGGGUUUGUUCUGCGUACGAACCGGUCGUUGAGAAAGUAGAGAAGAUCGAAGAGGAUUUAGACCGUGAGCGUAAGGAUGAAAAAUUAUCAGAAAGGUUGGAAAUAAUCGAAGGGAAUCGGGAUAAAAUCAGCGAUGAUGUCAUGGGUUUGCUCAAGAGUCUCCAAGAACUGGAAUGUCGGAUCAUUCGCCUCGAGGUCAGCAAGGACGACGAGGAGGCUAUGGAGGCGAUUUCAAUGAAGGUAGUCCAGCGACUGUCGGUGGCAGAAGAAGAUCACUCGAGCUUGACAAGGGAGGUAGGUGCUCUCUCACAUUCCUACUCUGACAUGGAGCUAAGGCUAACGCAAAUCGAGGACCAAAAGAACGCCCUAAGUGCCCAGGUUGAAGCGUACUCUGCAGAAACAGCUCAACUUAAACAAACCAUUGAGGACCAAAUGAAAAUGCUGAACCUCCAGGAAGGGGCACUAACAGAGGCUUCCACAUUCGGAGCACAAAAACAGGAGGAACUAAAAGAGGUUUCCUCACGAUAUGAAAAAGCAGCCAUACAAUUGAAAGAGGAGGAGGAGAAAUACUCGAGGUUGGAGGCAGACAUGAAGGACAUUCGACAGAAGUAUCAAGACCUCAUGGAGCGGCUUAUGCGGAUUUUGUACAGGGGUGUGACUGCUGACGAGGUGAUAGAAAGGGAAGAUGUCAACCUCGUCACGAUGAAAGUCGAUGAAGAUAUUCCGAUCGCCAUUUCUGAAAGAUUUCACAAGGAACUCUACUGCGAUAAAUGGGCAAACGCCUUCGAGAAACUGAACACGACAUUCAAAAGGGACGAGAAAAAGGCUCUGCAGAUCCUCAUGGACUUCUGCACGGAGGUGUACCUUCACUGUCGACGUAUAGCCCGCCAGCAGAUAGACAUGGUUUGGUCACUCCUGUGUAACCCGACAGCGGCCCAGGUCCGCGGAGGCCUCUCUCGGAGGACAUCCACGGCGAAGCUGCCUCCUCCUGACUCCGUUCCUGCUGUACUUCGGGACCUUAUAUCGGAGUACCGUCGAAAACCCAGCAAGGAAUUCGUGGAUCACCUUUAUGAUGAUUUCCUUGGACAGCUGGACUUUGAGAAAUCUCGUCAUCUACGUAACGUACACGAACGAGAAGUGAAUGAGAUUAAGUCGUACAUCAGGAAGUGUUUGGAGCUGAGCUGGGAAAUGGUUGUACAGCAGCCCCCCAUGUAUCUUCAGUUCAAGGUAAGACAUGGGUCAGAGGCAGAUAACUCCAAGUUCAACUUCUACUCCCACUCUGGACACAAGACGGACUAUCUGGUGUGGCCGGCCCUUCUUAGGGAUGAAAAUGGACCCCUCCUGCAGAAAGGAGUCAUACAAGCGAUCCCAGAUAAACCCUGAAGCUGGCAACUCUCCAACUCAUUCGAUCAUCAUGUCACGGAACUUAGUAACACUUCUCAUUUCAGGGACAGGAUCAUACGAAUUCCCACAACAUACAAUAGUUCAGUGAUGUUGACUAGACCUAGUUUAUCAUGUUCAUCGUGUAGGUUUCUGUUGAUAUUGAACCAUAUUACCAUUUUACAAUAUCCAUGAUUGUAAAUAGAUGCCCAUAUGUUUAUUGAUUGAACGCAUGAAGGUGUCUGUAGUGUGAAGUAUGGUGUAUGGCAGGUCAGAGUAUGCCUAUCAGUGUUACCCGGAAUGUAUUUGGGGUUUGAACAGGGUUUACCAGCUCCUUAUAUAUAAGUCAUGUUCACUUUCACGGAAUGAUUGUUAUUUCCAAGUUAAAUACCUUCACUAUGGUGUAAAUGACUCAAUUAUUAUCAGAAUGGAUUUCAUACAGUAGGGUCUUUUUGAUUGAUUAAACCUUUAUACAAAAUGUACUUAGAAUGUUCGUGGAUAUAAACAUUUAAAUCAUCUUGUCACAGUUAUAUUAUUAGUAGAACUUGUGGAUGUUGGAAUAAGGAAGAAUAUUGACUGAAAGUGGGAGUUGUGUAUCUAAUGUUAUAAGUUGUGAGCGAUCGUUAUAGUAAUAUGUUGUAUGGGUGGGCAUUGUGAGUGACCGUUAUAGUAAUAUGUUGUAUGGGUGGGCAUUGUGAGAGACCGUUAUAGUAAUAUGUUGUAUGGGUGGGCAUUGUGAGCGACCUGUUAUAGUAAUAUGUUGUAUGGGUGGGCAUUGUGAGAGACCGUUAUAGUAAUAUGCUGUAUGGGUGGGCAUUGUGGGCGACUGUUAUAGUAAUAUGUUGUAUGGGUGGGCAUUGUGGGCGACUGUUAAAGUAAUAUGUUGUAUGGGUGGGCAUUGUGAGUGAUCAUUAAAGUAAUAUGUUGUAUGGGUGGGCAUUGUGAGAGACCGUUAUAGUAAUAUGCUGUAUGGGUGGGCAUUGUGGGUGACCGUUAUAGUAAUUUGUUGUAUGGGUGGGCAUUGUGAGUGACCGUUAUAGUAAUAUGUUGUAUGGGUGGGCAUUGUGAGAGACCGUUAUAGUAAUAUGCUGUAUGGGUGGGCAUUGUGGGCGACUGUUAUAGUAAUAUGUUGUAUGGGUGGGCAUUGUGAGUGACCGUUAUAGUAAUAUGUUGUAUGGGUGGGCAUUGUGGGCGACUGUUAUAGUAAUAUGUUGUAUGGGUGGGCAUUGUGAGUGACCGUUAUAGUAAUAUGUUGUAUGGGUGGGCGUUGUGAGUGACCGUUAUAGUAAUAUGUUGUAUGGGUGGGCAUUGUGACCGUUAUAGUAAUAUGUUGUAUGGGUGGGCAUUGUGAGUGACCGUUAUAGUAAUAUGUUGUAUGGGUGGGCAUUGUGAGUGACCGUUAUAGUAAUAUGUUGUAUGGGUGGGCAUUGUGGGCGACUGUUGUAGUAAUAUGUUGUAUGGGUGGGCAUUGUGAGUGACCGUUAUAGUAAUAUGUUGUAUGGGUGGGCAUUGUGAGUGACCGUUAUAGUAAUAUGUUGUAUGGGUGGGCAUUGUGAGUGACCGUUAUAGUAAUAUGUUGUAUGGGUGGGCAUUGUGAGUGACCGUUAUAGUAAUAUGUUGUAUGGGUGGGCAUUGUGAGUGACCGUUAUAGUAAUAUGUUGUAUGGGUGGGCAUUGUGAGUGACCGUUAUAGUAAUAUGUUGUAUGGGUGGGCAUUGUGAGUGACCGUUAUAGUAAUAUGUUGUAUGGGUGGGCAUUGUGAGUGACCGUUAUAGUAAUAUGUUGUAUGGGUGGGCAUUGUGAGUGACCGUUAUAGUAAUAUGUUGUAUGGGUGGGCAUUGUGAGUGACCGUUAUAGUAAUAUGUUGUAUGGGUGGGCAUUGUGAGAGACCGUUAUAGUAAUAUGUUGUAUGGGUGGGCAUUGUGAGUGACCGUUAUAGUAAUAUGUUGUAUGGGUGGGCAUUGUGAGUGACCGUUAUAGUAAUAUGUUGUAUGGGUGGGCAUUGUGAGAGACCGUUAUAGUAAUAUGUUGUAUGGGUGGGCAUGUUCUUACACUAACACUACAUUAUAACUAUAUACACAGUAUAAGAAAAAAAAACACUUUUGCAACAUUAUAUCUACAGUCCGUGUUAGUGAUGGAGACAAUCUGCUUCACCUGUUAUACUCCAUUUUACUUUAUUUAUUUUUGUUUGUUUACUUACAUAGAAUACACAGGCAGCUAGCCGAAUUUAUUCAUGGAUAUUAAAAUCCUUUUUAAUAAUUUACUUAGGAUUCAACUUAAGUGCUUAUGUUUGUAGAUCGCUAGGUCGAAAUACUCGCCAUAUCACUCCGGAAAGUAGUAUGUAGACGGAAGGUAUAUAAAGGAUAUUUACUUAACACUAGUGCAUCACGUCUUCCAAAUAGAAACAAUCACAUUCGUCCUUGUUAAGAUGUAAGAUGAGAUAGGCUUUUUGAUCUUUUCGAAAAUUCACUAGCAUAGGAACUGAUGUUUAGGUCAGUUUAAUAUGAAAUAGAUCAAUAAAUCGUCAACUUAGUAGACGUGGAACUUUUACGAAUUCGAACUGCACUUCCGGGAACUCUAGGUUUUUCUUUAAAUUGGCCGUGUUGAUUAUGUAUCUGCCUUGAGACGUUAACUACUCACCACUAUGCCGCUUACUGAUGGUGCUACUCUGUGUAAUUGUGAUGACUACACUAUGUUUAGUCGAUGCUUUCUUCCUUAGACUGUUGCUGCUCAUUGUACAAUGUACACACCGCUUGUCUUAUUUAUUAAGAUUUACGGUAAGAGUAAUUUUAAGAGAAAGUCAUAUUUCACGGGAUGUCUCAUGUUGUUAAACUUUUACUGUUUUACAUGUUGUUUUGUAGGCAAGUCAAUAUAUUAUAUUGUUCACACCCAAUAAUUGUAUGUGAUAUUUCACAUUACUUUAGGAAGUUUUAAUGCAGAUUUGAUGGAUUGGUGGAUGUAACUAUAGUGAACUUUAUUGGCUAUACAUGUAUGUAUGUAUCGGAUAACAGCUGUGGAAACAACACUAAAUACUGGCGAGGGAUUUCGCGCGAGUAAGGUUGUGCCGUUAAAAUGUCCUUUACGUAUUGUAGCCAUUUUAGUCUUGUGCCGAUAGAACGAUGUAUGAUAUGUGUAAUGCUGAUUGGAUGGUAAAUACUUGUGUAGUUCUGUUAAUAGGACGAGUCCGGUGUAGUCUUGCGUUGUAGGGUCAGGGAUGCAACGUGUAGUUUGAAGAUCAUGCGACGUUAAUUGGACGAUGGUUGUCACGUGUACGGCGUGGAUUGGAUGAUGACCGUCACGUGUGGUGAAUCUUGCGUCAAUUGGACAAUGUCUGUCACGCGAACGGUGUGCUGAGUCUUUAGUGGAUUGGCAGUGGCUGUCACGUGUAGUGGUGAGUCCGACAUCGAUUGGACGAUUGAUUUGCACAUGUGCAGCAUUAGGUGAUGGUUCACAGACUGUUAUAGGUUCUAUCUAGUCUGCAAACAUGAAUGUAGACAUGUUGUCGAGUUAGACACGAGGUGAAUACGUAUCUCUUAGUAAGUAGAACCGUGACAAGGAUGUUUGGAGAGUGCCUCUACCAAGUUAGCAUAUAUCAAUCUGCUCAUUGGUAUUGUGAAUGAUAUGUAAUGAGUCGGGCCCUUGGUAAUCUCAGGCCAGUGGUAAUCUCGGGUCAGUGGUAAUCUCGGGUCAGUGGUAAUCUCGGGCCCUUGGUAAUCUCGGGUCAGUGGUAAUCUCAGGCCAGUGGUAAUCUCGGGUCAGUGGUAAUCUCGGGCCAUUGGUAAUCUCGGGCCCUUGGUAAUCUCGGGUCAGUGGUAAUCUCGGGUCAGUGGUGAUCUCGGGCCCUUGGUAAUCUCACCCCGACAUGUAUAGACUGUUUAUGUUAGUAACUUGUGUAAAACUCGAGAAUGACUGUUAUGUUGUUUUCCUGAGUUAUUCCCCUUUUAACAUUACUAAUAGCUUGCCAGAAUCCGUGUUUCCGUGUUUUUUUCUUAAUAUCAAUGUAAAUAUGUGUGAUUUUAUUCAUUUGAUCAUUUCAAUAUAUUAAUUGGUGCAUAUUGUAGAGUUAGAGAAAUCGACCACAGUGUUAAAGCAACCUGUGGUGCAAGUCUAUUAGAGAAUGGUUCAUCUUUAAUUGACAUGUAUAAUCAAAUAUCGUUGUAAUCAAAUCUUCCUGCUGGAUCUAAUUUAUUUCAUCAGACAUUUUAUAUCGUUUUUAUCAUCUUUGCGCUCGUAUUUUUUUUAACAAUACGACUAAUCACCAUUGCGUAAUGGGAAAUUUUAUUUAUAAACGGAAUGACGUCACCCUAUCAAUUUGACGUACAGGAAAAUUAUGGUUUUUACCAAAGGGCCAAACACCACAAUGAAGUCGAUUGGACUUCAACCAACUACAGGAAAGUACUCCAGAUUACGUCAUAGAAUGAUAUCAGUCAGCGAGAACGGUGUUGAUGAUUGCGCUCAUGGCCCAGUGAUCUCUUAUUAAUUUUUGUUAUUGUUAGGUUGCUUAUUGCCUCCAGAGUGCUUUUUGUGAUAUGUCAUUUUUAUUAUGUCAAGCUGUCGCUUUUGUUGUGUUCAUGGGGUGUAUUUUAUUGAACUUGAUUUACAAAUUACAGUAUUGGUUAAUAUUUAAUGCCACGCAGUGUAAUUACUGUGAGUCUACACUUGUUUUAGCUAUAUUUGUUGUUUUAGCGUGUUUUUAAUGUGACAAAGUGCAAUACACCUUAAACAAAAUCCACAAUGAGUUUACUUAACACCAUACCAUAGCGUGUAUCAACGUCAACUUCGGACAUCUGUUUAUUCGUCUGAAGCUGGUGUGUGUGACAGGUCUCAACCUAUUGUCCCGAGGAUGCCGUACGAGAACGAGUGUGUCUGACGUCAUAUAUUUUUGUGUGACAUAAAUCGCAUAUUUGUAUUUUCAUCUUAAACGGUUACAACACUUGUGAUGUAUUCAUUUGUACUUAACACUUAACCACAGGAGUCAAAGUUGUGUUGUCAGCUAAGACUUUGUCACACUUAUAUAUGAAGCAAGCAAAUGGCUCCUAAUGAGAAAUUUUAUGUUUAUAUUGUAUUGUCCUCACGAUACUGUACACGGAGCUGAUAGAAGGUCCUAGAAUUUUAUAUUGAGUUAUCAGGAUAGAAAAUGAGAAAUAUAAUUGCAUGGAUAUUUUAGAUUUUUAGAUUUUAAUUAAAUUAUUAUGAACUUACCACACAUUUGGGACACAAUAAUGUGACGAGGUUUGACAUACCUUUGUCAAGGUUUUGAUUUUUCUGUAGAAUUUGAUGCGGUCAUUUGACUUGUCUGACUUGUGCUCACUGAUAUACGUCUGUUGUACAUGUUUUACCCAAGAUGCUUUGACAUUAUUUGCUUGAUUGUGAAUACUGUGGUAGUGGACUCGGUUUUGUAAGUGUAGUCUAUGUUUUGUUUUUUGAUAAAAUCAAACAUUCCCAAAUAAAACUGUUUGUUGUGAA